AUGGACCUGAGCGUCAUGUCCACCAUGGUGUUUGCCAUAAUCGUGUCGGCCAUGACGAUGCUGCACUGGCUCGCGGAACCAAGCAGGCCGAUGCUGCACGUGGUGUUCGUGGCCUUUUUCCUGCUCGUCAUAAUGGGGGCCACGGCAUUCUUUCACAAGAUAUACGGAUGGACCAACAUGGCCUCUAGCAUCAUCGGCGCCGUUGUCGGGGGCCUACUCAGCACGGGGCUGUACGCCGCCGCCAGGACGGCUUGGGGCCUCUGGUGCCAGGGUGGCAGGGUUGAAGAGGACCCUGAGGCCCACAUGGGUUAUGCAGACACACAGCCGGCCUGGAGGCAGCACAGCAAUCCGCGGUGA